AUGAUUGCCAAAACAUCAAAAUCGUCAGCUUCCAAGCUGUCAUAUAAGGAUCUAAUUAUCAAUGCCAUUACUUCUCUGAAAGGCAGAAAUGGGUCCAGUCGCCAGGCAAUCAAGAAAUUUAUUCAAGAGAACUAUCCUGCGGGCGAAUCAACUAGUUUUGAUACUGCCUUCAAUCUAGCUAUCAAGAAAGGAGUCAUUUCCGGCUACUUUAGGCAGCCAAAAGGCCCCGCAGGCCCUAUCAAGCUGAUAAGGGAGGCUGCUAAGAAGCUUGUCACAAAGGCAGCUGACAAGAAACAGGCUACCAAAACAUCUUCCAAGUCCACCACGAAGGCUGUCACUAAGGUCUCGAAGCCAGCCACUAAAACGUCCAUUAAGAAGGCGGCUCCAAGUAAAGUUUCGCCAAAGAAGACUGUUGGAAAAAAAUCAAUCCCAUCGAAAACUGUAAAAUCCUCUGCCAAAGCUACUUCAAAGGCAAGCAAGUCUUCAAAAUUAGCCAAGAGUGUCAGCACACCGAAGGCAUCGAAAAAAGCUAGCCCUACUGAGGCUGGUAAGGCCAAAUCUUCAGCUAAGGCUGCUGCCAAGAAAAGCCUUCCUGCGAAAUCUGCAGAGAAGAACAAGAAGGUCACAACAGCGUCCAAAGUUACUAAGCCGAAGAGCGCUCCCAAAAAGGCCGCAGCCACCAAAAAAUCUGCUUCCAAGAAGGCUUCGGCUAAAACAUCGAAAAUUUCCAAGAAAUGA